AUGACUCAAGACGAGUACAAUACUCGAGCGCCACAUGAGGGCAUGUCGCCUGGUCGAUAUAUUGCAACGCGCUUUUCGUCGCUCAAACCUCCCAUGCACAACGUGCCGAAUCCCAUCAAACUGCUGCGCAUGCUCAACUCACAGCAAUGGGCGUUCUUCUUUAUUGCUUUUGCUGCUUGGACGUGGGAUGCCUAUGAUUUUUUCUCAGUUAGUCUCACCGUCACAGAUCUCGCUGAAACCUUUGACAAAACGAAAACCGAUAUCACAUGGGGAAUCACCCUAGUCCUCAUGUUUCGAUCCAUCGGUUCCAUCGCCUUUGGUUUAGCAGCUGAUCGGUAUGGAAGAAAGUGGCCCUUCGUUGUUAACAACCUUCUCUUUAUCGUACUUGAGCUUGGGACUGGGUUUUGUCAAACCUAUCAACAAUUUUUGGCUUGCAGGGCAUUAUUUGGAGUUGCCAUGGGAGGUCUCUAUGGUAAUGUCGCUGCUACAGCCCUCGAAGACAUCCCAGAGGAAGCUAGAGGUUUAAUAUCAGGAAUGCUCCAACAAGGAUAUGCCUUUGGAUAUCUUCUGUGCACCGCUUUUGCACGAGGCCUCGUCGAUACAACUUCUCACGGUUGGCGUCCUCUCUUUUGGUUCGGGGCUUGCCCACCAGUUUUGUUCAUCGUCUGGCGCCUCAUGCUCCCCGAGACACAGGCCUACCAAGAGCGCCAGCGUCUGAGGGAAGAAGCCAGUGCAGACGGAAAGGGCAAAGUAUUUAUCAAAGAGGGAAAGGUUGCCCUCAAGCACCACUGGCUACUCCUUAUCUAUCUCGUCCUUCUCAUGGCUGGCUUCAACUUUAUGAGUCACGGUAGCCAAGACUUGUAUCCCACCAUGCUGGAGAACCAGCUCAGCUUCUCCAAGAACAAAGUCACCGUUACCCAAGUCGUGGCGAAUUUGGGAGCCAUGACUGGUGGUACUGUUGUCGGUUUCUUGAGUCAUGUGCAAGGAGCCUGGGGUGUGAUUCCUAUUCACUUGAUGGAAUUGUCUCCUGGUGCAUUCCGGACCUUUGUUGUUGGAACUUCAUAUCAGCUGGGCAACUUAGUGUCGUCAGCCUCUUCGACUAUUGAGGCCCGUAUCGGCGAACGUUUUCCUCUUCCUGACAAUGCUGAGGGCCAGAGUCGAUACGAUUACGGGAAGGUCAUUUGUAUCUUCAUGGCGUGCGUUUACGGAUACGUAGUUGUACUCACGUUUGGAGGUCCAGAGAACUUGGGGGGCAAGUUUGAUAUUGCUCACGACCUUGAUGCGAGGGAGAUCAUGGGUAGACCCAUGGAUGCAGACCAGUAUCGUAGAUCGGGAGAUGAAGAGAAGAACUUCAAGAGGGAUAGCACUGAGAAGCCUGAAGUUGCACAUGUACGGGAUUAG